AUGGUAUGUCUCCUGCAGGUUGACCUGCUGGCACACAGGUGGCGCUACCCCACUGUCACCAUCCACGGCAUAGAGGGGGCCUUCUCGGACCCUGGCACAAAGACUGUCAUCCCGGCUAAAGUUACUGCUAAGUUCUCCAUCAGACAAGUCCCAGACAUGGACCCUGCUAUGGUGAAAAAACAGGUAACAGACUACCUUCACUCAGUGUUUGCCAAGAGGAAGAGUCUCAAUAAGCUGAAGGUCACCAUGGUGAUCGGGGCCAAGCCCUGGCUGGCUGACACUCAGCAUCCUCUCUAUGAGGCGGGGAAGAUUGCUAUCAAGAGAGUUUUUGACAUGGAUGCUGACCUGAUACGAGAAGGGGGGACCAUCCCCAUCGCCAGGACGUUCCAGGACGUUUUGGGGAAAAGCAUCAUCAUGAUGCCCAUCGGAGGCUUCGAUGAUGGGAUGCACUCCCAGAAUGAGAAAAUGAGCAGGUACAACUACAUUGAAGGAACCAAGUUAUUCAUCUCCUACUUGAAUGAAGUAUCCCAGAUUCAGAAGACCAGUGUGUGAUGCUUCAUUGAAUUAAAAGCCUCCUAAUACAUUCCAGCUAACCAUGAAUCCACCUCCCUGACACAAGCCUGGGUUUAUGUGCCAACGCACCCUUUAUAUUUCUAUCAUGCAUUUGUCUGUGUGUUGCCAAACUCUUAUUUAUCUCCAUCUAUCUAUGUAUCUAUGUAUCUAUCUAUCUAUCUAUCUAUCUGUCUGUCUGUCUCUCUGUC